AUGCAACUUUCAAUUACGCAGUUGGUCAUAGGCACGCCUCCAUCCAUAAAACACCCGAACAUUCAUAUUGUAGUGGAUGGUGUAGAGCGAACAUAUAAUGAGAAAAGCAUACUAGCUGAAGGAAGAAAGGCAUUUAUAGAAGUAGAUGAGUUUUGGCUAAUUUACACCGAUAGUUUCGCAAUAAAGAGCGGAUGUAAUGCAUCUAUCAGCAUAACAAGUAAUAACAUAACAGUUGGAUCAAUUGUAGUUAAUAAACUUCCACUAGGAAUAGGAAGGUAUUAUAAAAAAGAGUUUAAAAUUCAAAGACACUUGCCAGAUAAUAUGUUUAUGGACAUAAUUGUAGAAAGGCUUGCACGGCGUGAUGAAAGUACAGCUGAAAUUGUGGCAGAUUUAACAGAUUCAUUCAAUCACCUCUCUAUUCCACCAAAUACUCAUCAGACGCCUGCAUAUAUUGAAACCACAAGAACAGGAAAUGAUAAAGCCAUUUACAAUAUUGGUUCUUUGCUUACUGAAGAGCAGCCUGGCAUGCCUACCUCUAAUAAACCCAAUGCUUCUUGUUUAAAGCAAAGCAUGGCUAAGGAAGCAGCUAUUCCUGCUGUUAAUAAAGAAAAGAAUUCAGCAAAGCCUUCUGCCCCUUCCCCACCAAGCAAUGCAAAGAUAGCUAUUUUUCCUAUAAAAGAAGGGGCUGUGAACAACGCUGCCAAAAUAUUUUCUAAAAUGCCCUCUCCGCCAGGAAUGCGUGUGUUACCUGCAGUUAAUAUCCUAGAGAAGACGGAUUCCGCAAUUAAAACACUUUUCCCAAAGGUUGGCUGGAAACCAGUUUUAUCUAUCAAGGGGUCGUUGUACGAAAGCCCCGUGCUUAAUGAAAGCGAGCUAUCUGCCCGGUGGGUGGAGAUCGAAAAUGACUUUAAAAAGAAGUUCUGUAUAAAACGAGAAGUGCAAAAAACAGACUUUCUAAAAAAAGACAAUGCAGUAAAAAAAGAAAGAAUUCUAUGCGAGCGGCAAGAAUUUCUUCUGUCAAUUGUUUUUGAAUCGCUUAAAAAAUCUAAACUUUCCUUGGACCACAUUUGCAAUCAGUUAGUUAAAUGGACUGAGACUAAAGAAGCUAUAACUGAUAUUGACAGCAUAGUUAAUUUAUCUGCUGUUUUCCCCCAUAAGGAUAACUGUAAUAAAAUUAUAAUAGCAAAACAUGCUCUGACAGAAGUAGAAAGCAAAGUAAAGUUUUGUCUAGAGAAUUCAUGCACAAAAGAUAAAUUUUUACUCAUUAAGUAUGUGCAAUGGGCAGAUUCCUCGCUUGCAUCUCUUAUACACACGCUUCAGGAAACAAGAAAGUCUCUUAUUUUUGUUGAAAAUGACAAACAGCUGCCGCGGUUUUUGAUGCUUUUACUGCGAAUGGGAAACCUAGUCAAUUAUAAAUAUGCUGAGACAGCAAACAAAUUCCCUGCUAAAGGCUUUUAUCUUUCAUCUGUGAGUGCCUUUUCGAAAUGCUCUGCUGAGAUUAUUAAUGAAGAUGGACGAAAAAAUUCUUUAUUAGAGUUUCUAAUCAUAACAGUGAGUGAUAAAAUUGACUUUAAAAAGAUAGUCUCGUCCUAUUCCUUCUUUAAAACCAUUCAAUUAAAAUCACUAAAGGACCACUAUGCCAUGGUACGCACCGGAUAUGAUGAAGUGAAUCUAUUAGAUGAAUUUGUUGGAAAGAAGGAGAAAUUACACAGAAUAUUUCUUCUAAUCAGAGAAUGUGAAUAUCUAAUAUCAGAAAUAGACACAAAAAUAUUUGUUCUUUCUAAGCUAUACGCAGAUACUCCGGAAUAUAUUUCUGAAAACAUGAUAGAUGUAAUCACUUCAAUAGAGAAGUGCAGCCAUUUAUUCAAAUAGUCCUA